AUGUCUGACAGUGAUAAGACCUAUGGUUUCACGGCCCUUCCGGCCGAUCAGUCGCAAGACAAGCCCAGAACAGCCAGCCCGGAGGCCAUGGCCAUCUCAUCGCUUCAGCCUCCAAACACGCCGCUUGCCACACGCAUCGACGGGUACGUCAAGUCCAAGCUCGAUGCUGACACCUACCGCCACAGUCUACGCGUGUACAGCUACGGCUGCGCCAUAGCAAGGCAGUGUUUUCCGGAGUUUGAGCUCACGCCAGGCUCCAAACUGGACGAAACUUGGUUCUUGACCGCCAUGCUGCAUGAUAUUGGCACCUGCGACGAGUUCAUGACGAGUACUCGCCUCAGCUAUGAGUUCUUCGCCGGCAUCCAUGCAUUUGAUCUCCUGCAGAGUCCAAAGGUAGCGGGAGGAGACGAUGUUGCCCCUCGAGAACAGGCGGAAAGUGUUGCGGAGGCUAUCAUCAGACACCAGGACAUCCAGGAAAAAGGCAAAGUGACUCUCGUUACCAGAUUGAUCCACUGGGGAACAUUGCUGGACAACAUUGGGGUCGCGAAGGAGUUGGUACACCCAGACACUAUCGAGAACGUGGUGCGAGAGUACCCUCGCGCAGGAUGGAAUAGGUGUUUCAAGAGAACGGUUGAGAAGGAAAAGAGGUACAAGCCGUAUGCCAUGGUUAGCCGGAUUGGUGGAUUUGAAGAGCUAAUCGCCAGAAAUGGAGCUCCUGGCGAAUUGAUGGCCAAAUAUGACUGA